AUGACAACUCAAAGGGGGCGGCCAUGGGCGUGGAUUAUAUCCUUGACCGUCCUCGUUCUUGCUUUUGCAGUUACAGUUAGUGCUUCAAAAGGCGACAGGUUGCCAGAAUUCAAGGACUGUCUCAAGGUCUGCAAUGCCGAAAACUGCGCUUCAGAUAAACCGCACACUCCGAUCCCUGUUCUACAUCGUCUCCUAUUAUGGAAUUGCGCCAGCGAAUGCGACUAUGCCUGCCAGCAUAUAGUGACGGGUCAACGGAUGGCCGCCGGUCUCUCGGUCGAACAAUUCUACGGGAAGUGGCCUUUCUACCGAUUUCUCGGCAUGCAGGAACCCUUUAGUGUCCUCUUUUCGCUGGGCAAUCUCUGGGCGCACUGGGAUGGCUUGAAGAAGGUCCAAGCCAGGAUACCAACUUCAUACUCUAUGCGGGUAUUCUACGAUUGGCUGGCAUAUGUUGGCAUUGCUUCUUGGACAUUCAGCUCUAUCUUCCAUACCCGCGACUUCCGCGUCACCGAGGAGCUCGACUACUUUGCUGCUGGCGCCAGUGUCCUGUAUGGCCUAUACUAUACAGUAGUGAGGGUUUUCAGGCUUGAUAAGCGUACACCUCGAAGGCGUACCGCACUCCGAGUCUGGUCACUCCUUUGUGCCUCCAUGUUUCUUGGCCAUAUCUCGUUCUUGAAGUUCGUUCGUUGGGACUAUACCUACAACAUGGCUGCGAAUGUGGCGGCAGGUAUUGUACAAAAUGCUCUCUGGACAUGGUUCAGUUUCAAGAGAUAUAGAGAAUCAAGACGCAUGUGGGCAGUUUGGCCUGGUUUUGUGGUUGCUUGGGUCAUCUUUGCCAUGAGCAUGGAGCUUUUUGACUUCCCACCUUGGCUGGGGUGUGUCGAUGCUCACAGUCUUUGGCAUUUUAUGACUAUCGGACCAACAGUCUUGUGGUACAAUUUCCUCGUCAAGGACGCUCGAGACGAUAUGGCUAACAGCCAGAGGCUCAAGCUUUAG